AUGGUUUCCAACAAAUUAGCAAUCGCCAGCAUCUCCAUAAGCCAAUACCCAGGCCACACACUCGACCACAAAAUCCGCGCCGCAUCCCAAGUCGGCAUCGCAGGAAUCGAAAUAGUCUAUAACGACCUUCUCACCUAUAGCAAAAAUCAAAACAUCUCCAUCCAAGUUGGAGCCCAGAAAAUCCACACUCUGUGUCUGGAAACCAACCUCCAAGUCCUCUCCUUAGCCCCCUUGGAAAAUUACGAAGGCUCAUCGACCCCCCUAAAAGAAAGACUCACCCUCGCCCAGCACUGGCUUGAAAUAGCUCGUCUGCUAAGCGCACCAUACCUCCAAGUUCCAUCAAUCUACACGUUAGACUGCACCCGCGAUGAGAAAACAAUCAUAUCCGACCUCCAGCAGCUCGCCGACCUAGCCAGCGCCACAAAGCCGAUAGUAUCAAUCGCCUACGAACCGCUCUCAUGGGGAACGAACUGCUCAACCUGGGAAAGCGCAUUAUCAAUUGUGCAGCGGGUUGACCGUCCGAAUUUCGGGCUAUGUCUGGAUACAUUCCAUGAAGGGACGCGGUUGUGGGGGGACAAUGCUUCCCCCACGGGAUUGCAGAUGGAUGCAGAGACAAAGCUGCGGGAUUCGCUGAGGAGAUUUGUGCGGGAUUGUCCGCGGGAGAAGAUUUUCUAUGUGCAGCUUUCUGAUGCGGAGCGCUUUGAGAUGCCUUAUUCGUUGGCGCAUCCGUGGGCGUUGCCGGGUGAGGCGAAGGAGUUUACUUGGUCGAAGCAUGCGAGGCCUUUCCCGUUGGAGGUUGAGUUUGGGGCGUAUUUGCCUGUUGUGGAGAUUGCCAGGGCGUGGAUUGUUGAGGGUGGAUUUACGGGGUGGGUUUCUAUGGAGGUUUUUGAUCGGAGAAUGAAGGAUGGAAGCGUUAGUCCUGAGACCGCGGCUAGGAGGGGGGUGGAGGCUUGGAGGAAGGUUCAGAUUGAGAUGGAGAAGAAGUCGAGGCUUUGA